AUGUCGAAGUACAAGAGCCCACCGCAGGCCCCGCCGACCUUCAUCGGCACCAAGGAGAGCAUCGUCUCGGACGCAAAGGCCAUGUGCGACAAGACCCGGAACCUGCUAGACACGCUAGUCGCCCAGAUCCCCGCCAGCGACACCUCCAAGACGACCUUUGACACGGUGCUGCUGCCGCAGGUCGAGGACGAGAACGACGCCGCCCUCAGCGCCCGCAUCCUCGGCUUCUACCAGUACGUCUCGGGCGACAGCGCCCUGCGGGACGCCUCCACCGAGGCCGAGAAGCUCAUGGACGACUUCUCCAUCGAGGCGGGCAUGCGCGAGGAUGUCUUCAAGAUCGUCGACGCCGUGUGGCAGAGCAGGGACAAGAUCCAGCUGGACCCCGAGAGCGCGCGCCUGCUCGAGAAGGAGAGGAAGAACUACAUCAAGAAUGGCUUGGGACUGCCGGCCGGUCCGCAGCGGGAUCGCUUCAAGGAGAUCAAGAAGAGGUUGAGUCAGAUCCAGAUUGAGUUCACCAAGAACCUGAACGAGGAGAAUGGUGGGCUGUGGUUCACGAAGGAGGAGCUGGAUGGCGUGCCGGAGGACCUUGUGGACGGCCUGGAGAAGGGGACGGGCGAGAACGACGGGAAGGUGAAGCUGAGCUUCAAAUACCCGGACCUCUUCCCAACUUUGAAGUUUGCAAAGAACCCGGAGACACGGCGAAAGCUCUUUAUUGCCAAUGAGAACAAGUGCAACCAAAAUGCGCCGUUGUUCAAGGAGACGAUCCUUCUCCGCGAUGAGGCUGCCCGGAUGCUAGGCUACCCGGAUCAUGCCUCUUUCCGCAUUGAGGACAAGAUGGCCAAGACUCCGAAGACGGUGAAUGAUUUCCUUGGUGAUUUGCGCACGCGACUUGCUCCUGGCGGAGAAAAAGAGAGAGAUCACCUCCUAGAGCUCAAGAAGGCCGAUGCCGAGGCUCAGGGUCUGUCCUUCGAUGGCAACUACUACCUCUGGGACCAUAGGUAUUAUGAUCGCCUGAUGAUUGAGAAGGAGUACAGCAUCGAUGAGAACAAGAUCUCUGAGUAUUUCCCGCUCAAGAACACUGUUGCGGGCAUGCUGAACAUCUUUGAGACGCUGUUUGGCUUUGUGUUCAACGAGUUGUCGCCUGAGGACCGCGCCAAGAUUAGUCCCACUGGCAAGGCUGAAGAUAUUGCGUGGCAUGAGGAUGUCAUCAUCUUCAGCGUUUGGGACAAUGCGGAUGAGGGCGAUGGCUUUGUUGGCUACUUGUAUCUCGACUUGCACCCGCGGCCCGGCAAAUACGGCCACGCCGCGAACUUCAAUCUCCAACCCGGCUUCCUGCUUCCCAAUGGCACGCGGCGCUAUCCCGCCACGGCCUUGGUGUGCAACUUCAGCAAGCCCACUCCCAAGAAGCCGUCUCUGCUGAAGCACGACGAGGUGGUGACACUGUUCCACGAGCUCGGCCACGGUAUCCAUGACUUGGCUGGUCGAUGCAGGUACAGCCGCUUCCACGGUACCUCCACGGUUAGGGACUUCGUCGAGGCGCCCUCGCAGAUGCUCGAGAACUGGUGCUGGACUCCCAGCCAGCUGAAGGCCCUGAGCAAACACUAUGAGACUGGCGAGAGCAUCCCAGAUGACCUAAUUGAGAAGCUUAUCUCGACGAAGCAUGUCAAUGAUGCACUUUUCAAUCUCCGCCAACUGCACUUUGGUAUCUUUGACAUGACUGUGCACACGCCCAAGACUCACGAGGAGCUUGAGAAGUUGGACCCCAGCGCAGUAUACAACGAGCUGCGGACCCAGAUCGCCGGGAUGAAGGGCCCCGAGGCCCAAGGCGAGCCUAGCACCUGGGGCAACGGCCAAGCCACAUUUGGCCAUCUCAUCGGUGGCUACGACGCCGGUUACUACGGCUACCUCUCCUCGCAGGUAUACUCGACCGACAUGUUCUACAGCGUGUUCAAGCAGAACCCUAUGGAUUCGAAGGAGGGCAGACGGUACAGGCACACUGUACUGGAGAAGGGCGGUAGCCAGGAGGAGAUGCUUACGCUAGAGCAGUUCCUGGGCAGGAAGCCUAACAAUGAGGCUUUCUACAAGGAUUUGGGACUGUCGAGCUGA